CUUAAAAACCCCACCCCAAAUCCGCCAGUUUCCCAUUCUCCCUCGCCAUGGCUGGUCUCUUCACAGGCGGUUCGCAUUUGCAUGCUGCAGAUCACGACGAGCGGCGAGAGCUAGAUAGAGAGAGAGACAGUCCGGCGGCGAAGAAGAUCUGCCGGAUAUGCAGAGACGAGAUAGGGGUGAUGGAGAAUGGUCAAGUGUUUGUGGCGUGUAGGGAGUGUGGUUUCCCAGUUUGUAAGCCUUGUUAUGAGUACGAGAGGAGCGAAGGCAAUCAGUGCUGCCCUCACUGCAACACUCGUUAUAAGCGUCACAAAGGCUGUCCUAGAGUUGUGGGGGACGAUGAAGAUCAUUUUGAGGGCGAAGACUUUGAGCAAGAGUUUCAGACCAAGAACCAUCCCCCCCUAUCAGAGAAUGGAGACUACCAUAACAAUCAGCUGCACCACAAUACUUCAAAUGCUGCCGCUUUUCAACCCACUGCACCACCAGGAAGCGUGGGUGGAAAGGAUUUGGAAGAUGAGCAGAAAGAGGUUUUCAGUAACGCGGAAUGGAAAGACAGGGUUGAGAAAUGGAAAACCAGGCAAGAAAAGAGAGGGCUGGUCACCAGGUUUGAUGAUGAUAAUAAAGGCGGCGCCGAUAAUGAAGAUGACGACUUCCUCAUGGCGGAUGCUAGGCAACCACUAUGGAGAAAAAUCCCAAUUUCAUCAAGCCUAAUCAGUCCAUACAGGAUCGUCAUUGUUCUCAGGCUAGUCAUUCUUUGUUUCUUCUUCCAUUUCCGCAUAUUAACCCCCGCCUACGAUGCUUUCCCUCUAUGGAUCAUCUCCGUGAUAUGCGAAAUCUGGUUUGGCCUAUCAUGGAUUCUGGAUCAGUUCCCCAAAUGGUGCCCUAUCAAUCGCGAAACCUACCUGGAUCGCCUCUCUCUCAGAUUCGAGCGAGAUGGGGAGGGUGAGCCCAACACUUUAGCCCCUGUGGACGUUUAUGUUAGUACAGUGGAUCCUCUUAAGGAGCCUCCGAUUAUCACUGCCAACACAGUGCUGUCCAUCUUGGGCGUUGAUUAUCCCGUGGACAAGGUGAGCUGCUAUGUAUCAGAUGAUGGUGCGUCUAUGCUGCUUUUUGAUACCUUAGCAGAGACGGCUGAAUUUGCAAGGAGAUGGGUCCCCUUCUGCAAGAAAUAUUGCAUUGAGCCAAGAGCUCCUGAGUUUUACUUCAAUGAGAAGAUUGACUACUUGAAAGAUAAAGUCCAGCCUACAUUUGUCAAGGAGCGCAGAGCCAUGAAGAGAGAAUAUGAAGAAUUUAAAGUAAGAGUGAAUGCAUUAGUGGCAAAGGCACAGAAGAAGCCAGAGGAGGGAUGGGUUAUGCAAGAUGGAACUCCCUGGCCUGGGAACAACACUCGGGACCACCCUGGAAUGAUUCAAGUUUAUCUAGGAAGUGAAGGCGCUCUUGAUGUGGAAGGGAAGGAGCUUCCAAAACUUGUGUAUGUUUCGCGUGAGAAACGCCCUGGUUAUGAUCAUCACAAGAAGGCUGGUGCCAUGAACGCUCUGGUUCGUGUCUCUGCAGUUCUAACUAAUGCACCCUUUAUGUUGAAUCUUGAUUGUGAUCACUACAUCAAUAACAGCAAGGCCAUUAGAGAAGCAAUGUGCUUCUUAAUGGACCCCCAGUUUGGGAAGAAGCUCUGCUAUGUCCAGUUUCCUCAGAGGUUUGAUGGCAUUGAUCGCCAUGAUCGAUAUGCUAAUCGCAACGUUGUCUUCUUUGAUAUCAAUAUGAAAGGGCUAGAUGGGAUUCAAGGGCCAGUAUAUGUUGGGACUGGUUGUGUUUUCAACAGGCAGGCUUUGUAUGGCUAUGAUCCACCGGCUUCUGAGAAGCGGCCUAAGAUGACAUGUGACUGUUUUCCCAAGUGGUGCUGUUGCUGCUGUGGUGGUUCGAGAAAAUCCAAGUCUAAGAAGAAAGGUCUCAAGGCUUUGCUAGGCCUUGAAGGGUUAUAUAGCAAGAAAAAGAAAGUUGGUGGGAAGAACUAUACUAGGAAAUCAUCUGCACAGUUGUUUGAUCUGGAGGAGAUUGAGGAGGGCCUUGAAGGGUACGAUGAGCUCGAAAAAUCAUCUCUCAUGUCCCAAAAGAACUUCGAGAAAAGGUUUGGACAGUCUCCGGUUUUCAUCACUUCCACUCUUAUGGAAGAUGGUGGCCUUCCUGAAGGGACAAACCCAACAACACUAAUCAAAGAAGCCAUUCAUGUUAUCAGUUGUGGGUAUGAAGAGAAAACUGAGUGGGGAAAAGAGCUUGGAUGGAUUUAUGGUUCGGUGACAGAAGAUAUUCUGACUGGAUUUAAGAUGCACUGCAGAGGGUGGAGGUCUGUGUACUGCUGCCCAAAGAGGGCUGCUUUUAAGGGAUCAGCUCCUAUCAAUCUAUCAGAUAGAUUGCACCAAGUCCUGAGAUGGGCUCUUGGUUCUGUUGAAAUCUUCCUUAGUCGCCAUUGCCCGCUGUGGUAUGCCUGGGGUGGCAAACUGAAAUUGCUAGAAAGGCUUGCUUACAUUAACACCAUUGUUUACCCUUUCACUUCCAUUGCUCUCAUUGCUUACUGCACUCUUCCGGCUGUUUGCCUUCUCACUGGAAAAUUCAUUGUCCCAACUCUGAACAACUUUGCUAGCAUAUGGUUCAUGGCUCUUUUCCUCUCCAUCAUAGUAACAGGCAUCCUUGAGCUGAGAUGGAGUGGGGUAAGCAUUGAAGACUGGUGGAGAAACGAACAGUUCUGGGUAAUUGGCGGCGUCUCAGCCCAUCUUUUUGCAGUGUUCCAAGGCCUCCUCAAAGUCCUUGCCGGUGUAGACACAAACUUCACAGUGACAUCAAAAGCAGCAGACGAUACCGACUUUGGGGAGCUCUACCUCUUCAAAUGGACCACUCUUCUCAUCCCCCCAACCACUCUCAUCAUCUUGAACAUGGUUGGGGUUGUAGCUGGCAUUUCUGGUGCAAUCAACAAUGGCUAUGGAUCAUGGGGUCCACUCUUUGGGAAGCUGUUCUUUGCAUUCUGGGUCAUUCUUCAUCUCUACCCAUUCCUCAAGGGGCUAAUGGGAAGGCAAAACAGGACUCCUACAAUUGUGGUUCUCUGGUCAAUCCUUUUGGCAUCAAUCUUUUCACUGGUUUGGGUUAGAAUUGAUCCUUUCUUGCCCAAACAGACUGGCCCUAUACUCAAACAGUGUGGAGUAGAGUGCUAAGUUAAUCAAAAACCCACCCUGCCUGCUUGUAUGUGUCUCUCUGCUUGCCAAUUUUGCUACUUGGUGAAACACAGUGUCCCCCCUCACUUACAGCAAUAACACCAGAUUUGUGAAAAUAUUAGACCUGUGAUAUACAUAUAUAUGUGUUUGUUUGUAUACAUGAUUCUCAUAGCUUUAUAAAGAUUUCUUUUUGAUAAUAAA